CGGUGAUCCAGCCCGAGAAAAUAUCAUUGGCCUGAGCUCGUCGACUUGCCUUCUUAGCGGGAUGGUGACGAGGGUGGAGAUCGCUCGGAGUCUCGCGCGCGAUAUCGCGCGAAACCGCGUUAUGGCCAUUACAAAAAAUACAGACACUCGCCUCGUUUUGCGGCCAAUCUCUGUGCGAGAUAUUUGCGCGUAUCUUAGCGAAAAAACUGGCGAGUUAAGAGGCCGGGCGAAACGCUUGCUCCGCCGUCGCGAAUGAAAUUUGCACGCGAAACAGGACGGAAAAUAAGCGGGCGAAUUCCGACGGGUUUCAGCUGGCCCCGUAACGGGGAGAGUGCAGCCGGACAAUUAUUGGACACGGAGUUCCAGCCGACGGUGACGGCGACGUGUAAGGGCGGCUUCAUGACGAUCCGUGUCAAUCUCAAUCAGAGUUUCGUGGGCGCGGUCCACGCAAGGGAUCAUCGGACCCCGCAGUGCAUGGUUUCGGGCAACGGCACCACGCACGCCACCCUGGGCAUCAAUCUGUUUGCAGCGCACGACAGUCCUGAGUACUGCGGAGUCCUCGUGAACAACCACACGGAGGAACGCUCCAUUCCUAUCGCCGUUAGGAUACACAAAACUUUGGAACUUGCGGACGACAAGUUUUAUGUCAUUACGUGCGGGAAGGCGGGCUUCAAAAAUGCCAAAAAUGAAACUUCGUUGGUUUCCUUGCGCCUCCUGGAUGGAGACGUCAGAGUGCAAGAAGCUUUAUACGGCCACAACUACACCCUGCGUGCCGAGAUUUCACGCCCAGACGGAACAUACGGGAUCCGUGUCAAGAACUGCUUCGCAUUCAACAAGCUCAACUCUAGUGUGCAGCUCAUAGACGACAAAGGCUGCCCCGUGGAAGCUCGAAUGACGAAAUUCAUAUACGACCGGAGCACGGGUAUGGCGGAUGCUACAUUGUUCUCGAUGUUCCGGUUUGCUGACAGUUCAGAGGUGCAUUUCCAAUGCGACAUCGCCGUGUGCAGAGGGAGCUGCGGUACUCCCGUGUGCGAAGGAGACAAAGAGGAGCUCAUAAAGGGUGGCUCCUCCACUAACGGACAAAGUGUUAGUGGCGAAGAAGGAGUGCUACUUGCCGGAACGAGCGUUUUUGUUCUCCAGCCGGGCGAGAAACGAAUUGUACAAACAUUGUACGAUGACGGCAGCGUGCACCCGCUGUGGCUCCUGUGGCUCGCGGUGGCGCUCGGAAUAUUAUUCCUCAUCAUGCUCAUUAUCAACAUAUUCUUGUGUUCGGCGAUGACCUGCAGCUGCACCCGGACCGACAUUAUCGAGAAGGAGCCGUCGAUCAUCGAGGAUUACGAUCCGUACCGCAGCUGGCACGGUUCUCAAUACGGGUCGAGGUAUUCGUUAAACGGCAAGCAGGGAUACGCCUCCGGGGGAUCCACGAUGAAUUCCACGAGGUCGAUAUCGACGAACAGCGAUCAUUAUGCGAUAGUGCACUCAAGACCAGGAAGCAGAUACUCCGGUCCCGGGCAAAAGCAUCAUCAUCAUCACAGAGGACCGCCGUCCAACAUCGGUUCGCAUUACUCUGGGAAGUGACGCUUCCUCCGUUAGCUUCGUUUAUAAAAGAAAAAGAAAUUAGAACUCCAUUGUCUUCAUUAAUGUUAUUUUUUUAUUAAUUUUAAUUUAAUGCGAAUUUUAUGCCGCUAUGGCACAUUAUUCCGAUCGCACAAAUGAGUUAUUUGAUUUGAACGUAAAAUUAAGUAGAGGAGAAGGAAUUUUUGCAAUAUCGCAAUGUGCAAUAUGCAGUAUCGAAUGACUAUUAUUAUAUUAACAUUUUCUUGAUUUUAAGAAUAACAACAGUAAACUGUUAUCGUUAUUAUUAUCGUUUUAUGGCUGAAAAUUUGCUGUUUAAUGACACACAGCUGUAAAAAAGAAUUACUCUUUUAAUAAUUAAUUAUGAUAAUUAUUACAUUAAUAUUAGUAGAUAGGCAAUAAAAGAAUAUGAAUAAUUGUCAAAAAUUUAACAUUAUAAUAAUAAUGAUCGACAAUACACACAUAUAAAUACAUCGUGCAUCAAGAAGAUGUUAAUUUAAAGUUCGAUAAAUCAGUAAUGAUUGUUUAUUUAAUGUUGUAGCAAUCCGAAGUUUUUAUCGCGAUAAAUUGAAUUUAUCGUAUAACGCCGAGUUUUAUUGCAUUAUAUUUCGCCGUUUCUUCACUGAUAACUUCUAUCUUGUACUCUUGCACUUGUUAGUCACGUUAACGGCAAUAAGCAAUGUGAAAAAUUCGGGAGAAAAAACAGUGCGGACCAAAAUAUAUUGAUAAACUAUAUUAAUAAAAUAAAAUUGUCUACGGAUAAGCACGAUAAAACACUAUGUAUCUACACAUCGGUAUUUUUAUAUCGGUAUUUAGCCUUUAUCAUUCGUGAAACGAUUCUCGUGCUAGACUGCAUAUGUAUCAUAAUAUAAUAGUCAUAAGCAUAGGCACUAGCAUUUACAGAACUACAUUGAUCCUAAUUAAGGUACAUUAGUUAAAUGCUUUUUGUACAUAAAUCCAUUAAUCGAAACCACAUGUGUCCCUUUUAUUUCCGCCGGCAAGCACCUCCGACAGUUCCGAAUUACGCGAAACGCUUCGCGUUGCAAAUACAUUGUUCCGUGGAAUAUUAUUCUUCUGUAAAUGUUGCAGAGAAGUAGGACACUACUUCUACUUCUUUAAUAAAUAUCUUCAUAUAUUCGA